AUGGCGACGGACUUUGCUCCGUUGAGCAGUCGUAGGCCCCACCUCCUCGACCCGGUGGCUCCGCAGGCUGCGAGCGGUGAUCGUUUCGCUGCGGAUGACUUUGGCGCUGUGCAUCGUCCAUUCGGUCACCAAGGCAACAGGUUCGCCCGCCGUUCGUUCAGAUCCAGACUUGAAGACGGGACCGAGGCAGGGCGAAAUGCUUCAGAGGAGGCCGAGCGCGCAGGCAGCGCCCGCCUUCGUCGAUAUGGAGACGAAUCGACAGAAGGGCCGAUCGUCGAACCGACUCGACAGCGCGAUGCUGCUCCCUGGAGAAGGACUUCCUUCGGGCUUCGUACGCCCUCACAUCAUCCUGAGCGAGCCACUGCUCCGGCCCGGCCGCGCUUCGAACCAUUCGCCGAGAGUCCGAGCGCCGAAUCCAGACAGCCUGCAGGACUUCCUAGCUCUCGGGGCGGGCCGCUAUCGGCCUUCUUGCGCCGCGAAAGGAACGAGGACGAAUCUGCACUUCAAUACCUUGGUCGUCUCAUGAGCCACGACAGCAUGCUCGACGAAUGGAUGGCCGGCGACGUUCACGGUCCACUGCUACGCAUGGCGAUCGAGUCGGAAGCGCUUGCAUCCAAUCCUCACCUCCGACAGCUCCACCUUCCGCCCGCCUCCUCGACCUCGAGCCUGUUCGGCCACGCUCCGCACCUCGCCUUGGACGCACGCAACUUUAUCGCGGACGAAGAGUGGGCCGAGCUCAACUCGUACGAGGGCCUGAUGCAGCUGAGCGAGCGACUGGGCGCUGCGGACGUGGGCGUGCCGCAGAGUCUGAUCGAUGCGCUGCCGACAUGCGAGUAUGGUAAGUGGGACGGCGGGUCGUGUCGACUGCGUGACAGUUUGUCCCCUCCGCUGUUGGGCAAGGGCAAGGGCAAGCAGAAGGUGGAGCCGCCUUCGAAUGCGAGGGACACCAUGUGUCCCAUCUGCCGCGAAGAUUAUCUCGACUCGGACUUGCUCAUGAGCAUCGACAAGUGCUGCCAUGCUUUCCACGCCGAUUGCAUCAAGACGUGGUUCCAGACGGCUAAGACGUGUCCGCUGUGUCGAGCGGAUGCGUUCGACCGGGUCAGCUUGCCUGCGCUUCCGUUCCAGUCGUCCUCUUCGGCGGUGGCGGCGGCAGCUCGGAAUGCCUCGCCCGGUUCCGCGCCGUCGUUGUGGAGCUUCGACUUCUGA